AUGUCCACCAGGACGCGAGAAGACGCGAAAAAGGCCAAGCAGGAACGCAAGCUCCAAGCCCAGCAGAAAGCUGCUGCUAAGCCUCCGACACCUGCUCCGCGUCCCAAGCAGGAUUCGCCAGAGGUCCAGCUGUCGAAAGCCCUGGCAUACAUCUUGCGGCAUGGCGCCCAAAAGGAGCACCUUCACAUCCGGUCGGAUGGAUACGUCCGCGUCAGCGACAUCCUAGCGCGCCCUAAAAUCCAAAAAAUCACCAUGCCUGAGGACCGCGCGCCACAUUUGGCCGAUAUCGAGCAUGUCGUGUCGUCCAACGCCAAGAAGCGCUUUGAACUUGCCAGCGGCACAGACGAAGGUCCAUGCGACGGCUGUGGGCCUGUGCUGUGGAUUCGCGCCGUCCAGGGCCACUCGCUCGAAGAUGUCAAGGACGUAUCGACUGAUGCCCUUACGCUCGACAAUGUGGCCCUGCAUCUGCCGCUUCGGGACGAAUCCACCGGCGAUCACAUGGCGAUUCACGGGACACAGGCUGAAGCAUGGGACCAUAUUCGCGCCUCUCACGAGCUGCGGCGCAUGGGGCGCAACCACAUUCACAUGGCGCAGGGGCUGCCGGGUGACUCGGGCGUCAUCAGCGGCAUGCGGAACUCGUCGACGCACCUCUUGUAUAUCAACGUGUCGGCGGCGCUGCGGGACGGCAUCCCAUUUGCCAUGGCGUCGAAUGGCGUCGUUCUGUCCAGCGGUGCUGGCGAAACGGGCGCACUGCCUUUGACCUAUGUGCUACGGGUCACCGACCGGCACGGACACACCAUCUGGCCUGCAUGA